UUCGCUGCAAGAAUAAGGUUGUUUAUGUGGCCUGUUCUUCUAUAUUUUGGCUGCCGAGUUCGUGGCUCGCCUCUACUCUUUGUUUCGUGCAUGAUAGACACUUGGUGAUCAAAGCAGGAGAAGGAGAGGGCGAAAGAGAAAGGAAGAGACUCGAAAGGAGCGAGCGAGCGACAGAGGGAGAGAGAGAUGGCUAAUAUCUGGAAAUCUAAGGUUCUUCCAAAGAUUAAGAAGGUUUUUGGUAGUGGCGGCAGCAAGAAGGCUGCUGUAGCUGAGGCCAUCAAGUCCUUCGAUGAAUCGAAGGAGGAGAUCAGCAAGGAGUUGGAAGAGAAGAAGACUGAACUCCAACCCAAAGUCGUAGAGAUCUAUGAAGCUUCUCCUGCUGAGAUUAAGUCUUUGGUGAAGAAACCUACAGAGUCUGGUCUGAAGAAGAACUCGGCCGCCGUCAAGAAGUUCCUCGAGGAACUAGUAAAGAUUGAGUUCCCGGGCUCCAAGCCGGUGAGCGAGGCUGCCACCAAGUACGGUCCGGCAUACGUCUCCGGUCCUGUCACGUUCAUUCUCGACAAAGUCUCCGGCCUUCUCCCUGCAGAAGAGGUCGCGGCCACUCCCGAGGCAACCGCCGAACCCGACAGCUCCAGCAAAGAGGCGACAGCCGAGGUCAUCGAGGAGAUCAAGAAAGAGGAGGCUGAGAAGGUGGAGGAGACCCCUCCUCCCGCCACCGAGACCCCCCCGCCGGCCCCAGCACCGGAGCAGGAGCCGGAGACAGCACCGGAACCUGCCAAAGCUUAAGAUGCUCUCCGUUCAGUACUCCAUGCACGAUUCCAUGUUUUACGUGAUUUAUUAUUCUUUGUUUUUAUUCGAUCACUUCCUACACUCCCUUCUCUCUUCCUUGGCGGGGGGAGUUCUUCCUCUUUUGUUCUUGUGAGGAAGGGCAUGCAAGCUAUGUGCUAUUCUGAUGGAUGAACUGCUGUGUGGUCUAUUAUGUUUGGGCUUUCUCACCA